AUGUCGGAACGCAGCACUGUCCAUGUGUCGGGAAUCUCAUCCGCCACCACUGAUAAGGAGGUCAAGGACUUCUUCAGCUUCUGUGGAAAGAUUACUUCGAUCUCUGUGACUCCAGUUUCUGGUGAGAAGGAUGCGACCAAGUCCGCAACGGUGACGUUUGAGAAAGAAGCAGCAGCAAAGACCGCCUUGCUCCUGGAUCAAACCCAAUUGGGUCCCUCCACAGUGCAUGUCACCGCCGCUCACUCCCUUGACGAGAUCGCCGGAGACCAUGCGGCCACCAGCGGAGAGGCCAAGGAUGAGAACGGCCAGGACCUUGAGCAGGAAGACAAGCCCAAGUCCCGGAUUGUCGCAGAGUACCUUGCCCACGGCUACGUGAUCAGCGACAGCGCCAUCCAGCAGGCCAUCGCGCUGGACAAGAAGCAUGGCUUCUCCUCCCGCUUCACAUCUGCCCUGACCAACUUCGACCAGAAAUACCAUGCCACCGAUCGUGCCAAGGGGAUUGAUGAAAGCUACAAGAUCACCGACAAGGCGGCCAGUGGCUGGCGCGGUCUCCACUCGUACUUCGAGAAGGCUUUGGAUACCCCAUCUGGCAGGAAGCUCCGCGAAUUCUACGUGCAGACCGACAAGCAGGUGCGCGACAUCCACAACGAGGCCCGCAGACUCGCAGACUUGAAGAGCGGAAAGCAGACAGAGGAUGCUCCUGCUGCGGCCGGUGCAGAGGCUGCCAACGUUACUCCUAGCGCUGCGCCGACAUCGCAACCGGCGGGUGCUGCACCCCCCGCUGAGCCCAAGGCGUGA